AUGACAGAGUCCUCCCUUCUCACCACGAAUCCCACACCCCCCCACUACCCGGUCACCGCCGCUCCCUCUCUGGCCUCUCCCUUACCCAAUGGCUCUCCUUCAGACACCAAUUUACAAGACGAGGAGGAAUACACCAUCAAAUGCAUUUGCAUCUACGCAGAUGAUGAUGGAAAUACCGUAUACUGCCCCAAAUGCGAUACGUGGCAGCACAUUGAGUGCUACUACCACGGCAAAAAGGUGCCGGAAGAGCAUUUUUGCGCAGAAUGUUUCCCUCGAGAUAUUGACGCAAAGAAGGCCACUGAGCGACAACGGAGGCAUCGAGAGGCACUCGAUGGCGGUGACCGGAAGGUCAAGCGACCAACGUCCAAAAGUCAACGAAAGAAACACAAGGAGACGAGUGCGACGGCCGAACAGGUAAAUGGCUGGCACCACGAACGCCAUGAAUCUGUCGCUAGUGCAAGAGAUGGACCCCCCGCGAAGAAACCAAAAACAAGCCACCGGACAUCAGGUUCUGUCAUCUCAACAAACGGCGAAACCCGAAAACGCGCUACUUCCACAGCUCAGUCAUACCCUAGCCCUUCCAAAUCACCUCAAGAUCUCUUCCGUUUCCCUGCCAUACCCACGUACACCACCGACUUCCUUGAACUAUACGAACGGGACGAAGGAAACACAAAUGCUCGUGAUAACGAGCAGACAAUACAGGCCACCAAUACACUCUUUGCGUGGCGGACUGACCCGUCUCUGGUGGUCAGCAGUCCCGGGCAACAACCAACAUCGAAAUCUCCCUUCGUGCGAGCAACUCAUCCCCUGGAUCAAAGCACCUGGCCGGAAGUCUCGGUGGAAACCAUCCAGAAGAAAGAUGUUGACUACGAAGGUAGAUGUCCCACAUGGCGCUUUUUGCGCGUCCAAUCUUCCGUGAAGAAGGACGAAAUCGUUGGCGAAGUUCGUGGCCAAGUCGGUAUGCUGGAAGAAUACUGCCAGCAAAAGUCUUCGUCAAACCGGUGGCAGGAGUUGAGGCACCCAGAUCCCUUUGUCUUUUUCCACCCCCAUAUGGAUAUCUACAUUGACAGUCGAAAGUCCGGAACUCGCUUUCGGUAUCUGCGACGAUCCUGUCGGCCCAAUGUGACCUUGAAGACGUUCGUUUCCGAUAAUGAGACGAGACAUUGCUUUGUUGCCAGCAAGGAUAUUCCGGCGGGUGCCGAACUCACCACCAUGUGGUUUCUCGAUUCGGCAAUGUUUGCCGCCGAUGAUUCUGAACAGGCCCAAAACCGACGCCUCGACUGGGUCAGCCGUGUCCUCGCGAACUUUGGAGACUGUGCCUGCGACGCCGGUCAAGCAUGUUUACUCGCGCCGUUCGAUCGAAGAUAUCCGGCUAAGCCGGUAGAGAGUGGGCCAAAGGCCAAGGGGAGCAGGAAAAAGAAAAGUAAGAUGAACCAUGCCAUCUCGCCCUUCAGUACUGGACAUGCCACCAACAGUCGCGCAGGAAGCGAACCCAAGGUGCUCGACGAAGAAGACCAGUUUGACCGCCGGUCAACCUCCGAGUCUUCUCGCAGCGGCAUGCUGAGUAGAGACAUUACUCCAGUCAAUGUCGCAGCUCUUGACGCCGACCCGGUUCUCGGAAACGGCCUGACUGCUCGAGAACUGCGCAAAAUACAAAUGGCAGAGAAGGCAUUUGCGCAGAGGGAACAAGAAAAGAAGGAUCAAAGUGGACAAGGCCAGCAACGGAAAAAGAAGCGCACAAGCGGUGGUGCCAACCCAAACACUCCAAAUGCGAAUGCCUCGAAGCACCUCGGGCAUCAACUCGCUUCACAAUCCAACACCCUCAGCAACCAUCCUCUCAAAUUCAGUGACACCGCCUUCGGAUCGCCUCCGCCACCCCGAGGGUCCGCUGGUCGAGGUAAAUCUAUGGAUGCACCUGCUAGGGCGGACGUGAGGAUACAGCGACCUGUGUAUGCUGAUGCUGCAGUGCAAACGGAGCCGGAGGAGUCCGAGAUGCCCAUGCUCCCCUCAGCCAAAAGGAGAAAAUUCUGCACGCCCACACAACGAUUACUUCGAAAACUUUUGGCGGAGCGGGUUAAACAUGGACAACAGUGGCCUGUUCAAGGUUUGCCUGUGUCAGUCUCGAGUCAGAAGACACCUGAGCGUAUCCCCAAGAUCGAAGAUGUGGAAAUGAAAGACGCCACCGAAAGUGUGGAGCCCCACAGCGCCGUGGAGACCGAGCGGGAGAGUCAGUCUCCUCCAGGAAGCAUCAGCCCUAUCAACGUCGGGGCCACAACAUAUCCUCUUCCGUCACAAGCGGCACACACGUUCAACACCUUUAGAUCUUCUCCUGCUCCAAAACUGCACUUGUCAACGCUGCCACCCGUACCGGCCUUUCCGGGUUCUGCAACUUCCGCGUCGUCGUCUUCCGCCACGGUGACAACUCCCGGAUUAACGACCACCGCGACAGCACAGUCGCCUCUCCCAUUCAACUCAGCAUCUUCUGGCUCAUACCUUCCUGCCGUCAAUACUGUUGUCACGCCCAACCCCACGCGGAAGAAGCUCAGCCUGGGAGACUACAUGAGCCGUCGCCUGGCGUCUACCCCAUCGGCUGAGAAGUCCCAGACCCAGGCAAUUCUGGGCACGGGCGAGAUGGAGCCAUCAAAAGCGCUGGCAGAAGCGGGACAAGACUCUCCCGGGACCAUGGACUCAGGGCUCGCGAGUGCACAAGCAGUUGAAUCACCUGCUCGACCGACACCCCCUCCCGCGGGUGUUUCAAGUGUUCCAAUCAAGGAUGUUCCCAUGAAGGAGACAGAAGAACCGCCAUACAGCCCGUAUGACUCCUUGACAACAAGGCCAAUGGCAGCUUCCCCUCCCCACAAGACGACGAAUGGUGUGCCAGCAUCAAACGACACGAUCGGCAUACCGAAGAUGCCGAACGUCCUGGCCCAGUUGGCGCAAAUCCACGAUUCGAGGGGUGUGCGAUAA